AUGGCUCAGGUGCGGGAGGAGCUGCCGAAGAAGAAGCGUCUGGACACGCAGGGAGUUCUGCGGCACGAAAUGGGAUUGCGAUUAGGCAUGUGGUACUGGAGAGAUGAAAGCAAAACUCUUGAAUUCAGAAGUUUUACACCUGCAAUAGAACCCAAGGAAAAAGGAAGGAGAGGCAAAGCUGUUCACUUUGCUGAAAUUGAUGCUUCAGAGAGGUUGACAGAUAAAAGACUUGCUUCCAGAGAGGCUAAGUCACUUCAAGCCUUAGAGAAACGAGGUCUGCAGGGCAACGUUACACUGAAUGAUGUCAAAUUUGUUGCUUUGCUUUUGCUACAAGAGAGUGAGAUGCAGCGGGUCUGUUCUUUUUCAUCUUUUAUGAGGAAUAAGAAUCUUGAUAAUUUCCUCAUGGCAUUAUUGUACUAUUUAUCUCAUUUCUUGGAAAAAAACUCACUGGAAAAGAAGCCCAAAAGCUAUAUGGUGGGCCUUGUGGAGAAAAAAGAGAUGGAACUGGUUUUAACUAAAUUAGAAGCGGCACAGAAAAACUUGGCGCAGAAGUACUGUGUCCUUGUCCUGGGCUUGGGAAUGCCCGAAAAGCAUCACAUGUGCUGCGGGAGGGAGAAAAUAUCAAAUACACAAAAAGACUGGAAAUUCUUUGAGUCCUUUUAUACUUUCUGUACAUAUAUAGCUUGGAUUGUUUUCCGACGUCAACAUUUCUCAGAGAUUGAGGAAGAAAUAGGGAGGCUCUUUCGUACCAAUAUGUUCAAUAUUCCUCGAAGGAAGCGUGAGGAUGAAGAAUCAGGAGGUGAAAAGAAACGCAUGACAUUUGUACAAUUCCGGAGAAUGAUGGCAAAACGCCCAGCGAUUAAAACAGCCAUUCACAUGCGCUCCCCGGUCAUGUCUACUCUGCUGCCAUCUCUCAGAGAAAAAGCUCAGAAUAUCUUUGAGAAAAAGAAUCUAAUCAGCACCAGAUUGCCAGCUCAGAUGCAAGAGCACAUAGAAAAGAUGGAGUCUGUGCCCAUGCCAAUAGUUGGCAUUUUGGGGCAGCCUCGAUGUCUGUUCAAUCCCCAUACUCUUCUCCCCCUCGAACCAGAAGAAAACAUGAAAUCGUCCGGGAGACAAUCUUUCCUGAUAGAAAAAAACAACAUAAAGAUUCGGGAUACACUGGACUUGGUCAUGAAAACGAUAUCCUCUCAAACAUCAGUUGA